CCGAAACUCAGUGAGAACAUUAAGAAUGCCAUGCUGAUUAAAGGCGGAAAUGCAAAUGCAACCGUGACACAAGUACUCAGAGAUGUGGAAAAAUAUUACAAGACCAUUUGAGGAUCAGACAUCACUGGAGUUCUUUUCAAAGAAGUCAGACUGCUCUUUAUUCAUGUUUGGCUCCCAUAACAAGAAGAGGCCAAACAACCUAGUAAUAGGUCGUAUGUAUGACUACCAUGUGCUGGAUAUGAUUGAACUAGGUAUUGAGAAAUUUGUGUCUCUAAAAGAUAUUAAGACUAGUAAGUGCCCCGAGGGAACAAAACCGAUGUUGAUAUUUGCUGGUGAUGAUUUUGAUGUAACAGAAGACUACAGAAGAUUAAAAAAUCUUCUUAUUGAUUUCUUCAGAGGCCCCACAGUAUCGAACGUCCGGCUGGCUGGAUUAGAGUAUGUUCUGCACUUCACUGCACUGAAUGGGAAGGUUUACUUCCGAAGCUAUAAGCUGUUGUUGAAGAAAUCUGGGUGCAGAACACCACGGAUCGAGCUAGAAGAGAUGGGACCAUCACUGGACCUGGUUAUGAGGAGGACACACUUAGCAUCAGAUGACCUUUAUAAACUGUCCAUGAAAGUGCCUAAGGCUCUCAAGCCAAAGAAGAGAAAGAAUAUCUCUCAGGAUACUUUUGGCACAACAUUUGGAAGAAUUCAUAUGCAGAAGCAAGACUUAAGCAAACUACAAACGAGGAAAGUGAAGGGGUUGAAGAAGCGACCUGCAGAGAAUGGAGUAGAAGACCAUGGGAAAAAAUCAAAGAGAAUUAAGAAAAAUUAGUGGAACCCAACUGACUACGAGCACUUUCUUGUGAUGGUUUACUAAAGAGAAUUGUUCUACUUGAGGCUGAUCAGUUUCCUGAUAAGAAUUUGUUGCUUAUUUUGAUAGGAUGAAGGGGUAACAAAAUCUCACACUAUAGCCCAGGCUGGCCUCAGCCUCCCAUGUGCUGUGAUUACAGGCAUGUACUACCAUAUACAGCAUAUUGUAUAUUUUUAUAACAUUAUUUAUUUUGUAAACUUUUUUUAAAAAAUUGAAAUAUGUGUUUGGAUCAUGCUCACCCCAGCUCUCACUGUUUUUAAUUUUUAAAACUGAUUUGUGUGUGCACAUGUAUGUCACAGUGUGGGUGUGGCUAAAGACAAUGUGGAGUCGGUUAUACCCUGUGGGAUGGAAUGAUAGCUCAGCUUGGGAGACUCCCUCCAUAGGGAGUGCCUUUAGCCACUGAACCCUCCUGUUAGCCCAGUUUAUUACCUAUUUUUAUGAACAAAUAACAUACUACAAGUUUAAAACGAGGUUAUUUAUCCAGUGUGACCUUCAUGCCUGUGUGUGAGAAUGAGGAGACCAGCACACCGGUGGAUUGAGUGGGGCUGGGCACAGUAGAUGAGAGGAGAGAGCUGGA